AUGACUAUGGCGGUCCAAGGUCUGAAUGCAUCCAUGCAUGCGCCAGAAGGAGCAAAUUGCUCCGGUGGGAGACGCCCCAAUCGCGGCAACGGUGGUCGGCCUCCACCUGAUAGGGGACCAGGCAAGGUGAAGAAGAGAGGGUCCUCGCUACUGGAAGUAACCGCCCUCGGUCCGUGCUCGUAUAAAAGGACCCAACCAGAGGGAACGACGUCGCAAGGGACGUCAGCUGCAAGAGCGGCAACUCCAGCAGGAGCAUCACGAGCAGCACAGGAGGCAAGCCACACCAUCCCGGCGUAUAGACUAGGUAUCCCCUUAUAG